AUCAGAACAAUCGAGAAUCGAGAGCACUGAUUGCACGUUGUGAGCGGCAAAAGUAAUUUUUCUUUAUUUGCUAAUAUUAAAAGUCAAUUGAUAACAUGUCCAGUGUGGAGAGCACAACAGGUGUUGUGCAGGAUGGAGCCGACGCCGCUGCCCCCAUUUUCCAAGACAUCAAUGCCGAACAGGCGGUGGAAGUUGUCGAAAUUGAAUCGGCAUGCAUGAGAUGUUUCCAAUCGGGAAUCACACGUCUCUUGCCCACCAAAAUACCCUUCUUCCGGGAGGUUGUGCUAAUGUCCUUCAAAUGCGAGCACUGCGGAUAUGCGAACAAUGAAAUGCAAUCGGCAUCGGAGAUUCAAAAAAGUGGUGUCCGCAUCGAACUGAACGUAUUGAAUGCUGCCGAUUUGAAUCGACGUGUUGUCCGUUCCGAUAAUUCCAGUAUAAACAUACCAGAGGUCGAGUUGGAAAUUCCAGUGCAGUCGCAGAAGGGUGAGGUCACCACUGUGGAGGGCGUCAUUGAACGAACGAUAGCCGGUCUCUCACAGGAUCAGGAGAAGCGUCGCAUCGAUCAUCCCACCGAGGCGGAGUCCAUAGAUGCCUACAUCGAUCGCCUGCGCGAGCUGAAGGAGCUGAAAAGCCCAUUUCGCUUGCUACUCGAAGACAUAUCCGGCAAUAGCUUUAUUGAGAAUCCCCUGGCACCGGCCACGGAUCAUCAGCUGAAAACCUCACACUUUGCACGUUCCAAGGACCAAAAUGAACUCUUGGGUCUUUACGAGCAAAACCACGAGGAACAGCAUCUGUUGAAGCCCAUUGCCGAGGAUGAAUGGCCCAUUGAGAAUCUGCAUGGUGAAGUGCUGCAGUUUGCCACCAAUUGUCCCAACUGCCAAGUGCCAUGCGAGACGAACAUGAAAUUGACGAAUAUACCGCACUUCAAGGAGGUGGUCAUCAUGGCCACCGUUUGCUCCAGCUGUGGCCACAAGACCAACGAGGUCAAGUCCGGCGGAGGUGUGGAGCCGCAGGGUAUACGCUUUAAGGUGCGCAUUGCCGGCAAGGAAGAUCUAACACGCGAUGUCCUCAAAUCGGAAACGUGCAGCAUGGCCAUUCCCGAGCUGGAUAUGGAUGUGGGUCCUCAUGCACUGUGUGGUCGCUUCACCACUGUGGAGGGUCUGCUGGUGGCCAUGCGGGAACAACUGGACGGCACCAUCUUUCACGAUUCAGCCGAUGAGCCGUCCAAGCAGAAGAUGCAACGAUUCCUGAAUACCUUCGAUGAUGUACUCAAGUUGCAGGAAGUCAUCACAUUGGUAUUGCAGGAUCCAGCGGGUAAUACCUAUGUGCAAUCGCUCCGGGACGAUGAUGAGCCCGACGAUCGACUGACCGUGGAGAGAUAUGAUCGCACCUACGAGGACAACGAGGAGCUGGGAUUGAAUGACAUGAUAACUGAAAAUUAUGAGCAGAAUGCGUGAUACCAUAGCCUUCAAGGGUUCAUAAUAUGCAUUUUCCAAACAAAACAAAACAAAAUUAAAAAUCAGUGAUGGUAAA